UUUUCUUCUAAAAGUAUUCCAAUCUAAAUGGAAUUAGUUGAGAAAGCCCUUUGUGAACGGAAUAGACAUGGUACAUGGGAACAGGUUCCUUCACGUUGUUGCUGGUCUUCUCAUGCUUGGGUUGUCUGGGGCAACAAAGAAGGAAGCAGUGAAAAACAAUUCAGGAGUGCAGCCGGCAGGGCAGUGUGGAACCUGGGUGAAAGAACCAGAGGGAGGUCUCUUCACCUCACCCAAUUACCCAAACAAAUAUCCUCCAGAGCGAGAAUGCAUCUACAUCAUUGAAGCUCCCCCGAGACAAUGCAUUGAUCUUUUCUUUGAUGAAAAGUAUUCAAUAGAGCCUUCAUGGGAAUGUAAAUUUGACCAUAUUGAAGUCAGGGACGGACCCUUUGGCUUUUCUCCAAUAAUUGGACGCUACUGCGGCCAGCAGAACCCUCCAUAUAUCAGAUCGAGCAGCCGUUACCUAUGGAUAAAAUUUGUUGCGGAUGGUGAAUUGGAAGCGAUGGGAUUUUCUGCAAGCUACAAUUUCACAGCAGAUCCCGACUUUAAAGACGUAGGAGUCCCAAAACCUCUUCCCUUUUGUGAAUUCGAGAUGGGGGGACCUGAAGGCAUCAUUGAAUCGCAGCAGAUCACCAAAGACGGCAAAGCCUUGCAGACUGAGGCAGUGGACUGCAAGUGGUACAUCCGUGCCCCUCCUCGAUCCAAGAUCUACUUGCGUUUCCUAGACUAUGAGAUGCAGAACUCCAACGAGUGUAAGCGUAAUUUUGUGGCGGUGUACGAUGGCAGCAGCUCAGUAGAAGACCUGAGGAAUAAAUUCUGCAGCACGGUGGCCAAUGACGUCAUGCUGGUGUCCGCGCUGGGCGUGGUCCGGAUGUGGGCCGAUGAGGGAAGCCGAAAGAGUCGCUUCCGGAUACUCUUCACUACCUUCCAAGAGCCUCCCUGUGAGGCAGAUACUUUCUUCUGCCACAGUAACAUGUGUAUUAACAACACGCUAGUGUGCAACGGAAUCCAGAACUGUGUCUACCCUUGGGAUGAAAACCACUGCAAAGAAAAGCGGAAAGCCAACAUCCUGGACAACCUCAACAACACCAACGGCACCAUCAUCGGCAUUACAUGCUGCAUCGUACUGAUCCUCCUGGUCGUAUCGGUCAUCGUCCAAAUCAAGCAGCCGCGGAAGAAGUACAUCCUGAGGCGGGAGGACUUUGACCACACCAUGUUCCAGGAGGUGUUCCAGGAGCCGCCGCAUUACGAACUCUGCACUCUCCGCAGCGCGCCGGCCACCUCUGCAGACCUGGCCGAGCUGGCCGAGGACUUUGAGAGCUACAACAAGCUCCGGCGCGCCUCCUCGCGCUGCAUCCACGAGCAUCACUGCGGCUCCUCGCAGCUGCCCAGCAACAAGGGCAGCCGCACCAACCUGAGCGGCCGCGAGGCGACGGCCGCCAUCCUGACGGACCUCCCACCGCAGCCCAUGCGGCCGCUUCCUCCCCAAACCAACCGCAGGAACAUUCUGGUAAUGAGACACACCUACUCACAAGAGGCCGCUGAUGCCUGUGACCUGGACGAUGACCUGGAGGAAGUGCCCACCACCAGCCACAGGCUGUCCAGACACGAGAAAGCAGUGCAGCGACUUCUUGAAAAUAGUGCAAUCCUGGAUCAGUACGAACGGGCUUCAAUGAAAUAUGAAAACGUGGACCGGAGAUUUACACCAGCAUGAUAUUAACAUGGACAUUUUAAAGACAAAUUUAUCAAAACAACCGGCAGAUGUAAAGGAGGACGUGGAUUCGGUAACAGAGGAAGUGACUGUGAUGAAAUCGCUUUAACAUGUAGCUCCUAAUUUAGGCUCAUUACCUUUUUUAAGGUUACUUAUUUAGGAUUGCAGAACAUUACAUGAAUAGAUGUGAAUUAGUACUUUCAGGACUGUUGUAGUGCAUGCGUUUUAUUGUCAUGUUUUUCCACCAAAAGUUGUCUUUUUAUUUGUCAAAACACUUUUAUUUAAAGGUGCAAUAGGGGGUUGUCUUCAGAAAAAAAUUUUGUUAUACUGGUUGAAAGUCUCUUCAAUAGCAAUCAUUAAGUUAAGUGGUUUAAAUGUAUUUAUCUUUAUUUAUAUAUUCUGUGGAAGGCGUAGGACCAAGAAAUGUACGUCCAAUCGGUCUGAGCAUUUUAAAUAGCUUUCCUACCUGCCUGUCAACGUAUGUAUCUGCAUACCUCUGCGCACCCUGUUCGCGUAGACAGAAUACAUCAUUAGUGCAUUCAUGCAUGCUGUGCAGACAUCAACAACCCGGUCUUCCUUCCUGGUAUUGUAGUACUUUUAAAGUUUUCUCGCUGGUUAAUGACACAUGAUGUAGCCCAGUGGUUCCCAAUUCCAGUGCUCGCGC